CCUUGAAAUUUUAUCGGCGAUCGGUGUAUCUUCCCUAACCGGUAGGACUAGUCGACCGGAUCGAUAGCGGAAUACCGACAAAAGCUGAAAGACAAUUCGGAUGAGUCUAAAAAUUAAUUGUUAUCAAUCUGAUCGUUCGAUAACCAAAUGAUAAACCCAUGCGAUAAAAGUGUUUCUUAUUUUUAGGCUUCUUAACUUGCCUGUUAUCAAUUGCUCUCGCGAAUCUGUUUCGUACGCAAUGACACGUUCGUUAAAAGGUGAAAUUUUCAGAAAUAUGGCUCGAUGCUUUUGGAUAAUCACUUUCAUUAGUCUAAUCUGCACGAAGGGCUCCGAAGGCCAGGCAUCCGGUCUGCAGAGGUUUCCCGAUGGCUUCUUACUAGGAGCAGCCUCCGCGUCCUACCAAGUGGAGGGGGCCUGGAAUGUUAGCGGAAAGGGUGUGAGCACGUGGGAUCAUUUCGCGCACACCAUGCCAGAACGCAUAGCGGACGGCAGUAACGGAGACAUCGCGUGCGACUCGUACAAUAAGUACAAGGAGGACGUUCAAUGGAUCAAGAGUAUUGGCCUGGAUCAUUACCGGUUCUCGCUAAGCUGGACUAGAAUUCUUCCGAACGGUUUCAACACUCCGGUAAAUCAGGACGGUAUUCGGUACUACAAAAGUUUGCUGGAGGAACUGAAAGCUGCCAAUAUCACCACUGUUGUAUCUUUAUAUCAUUGGGACCAUCCGCAAAUUCUGGAAGAAAUGGGGGGUUGGACGAACGAAUUGAUGGUGCGGUGGUUCGUGGAUUACGCAAAGGUUGUGUUCGAUAAUAUCGGACAUUUGAUCGACAUCGUUAUCACGAUCAACGAACCCAAGCUGCUUUGCCAACAGGCGUACAACAGCACGUGGAAAGCUCCAGGAAAAGUCUUCAACGAUAUGGGGCAUUUUUUUUGCGUACACAAUAUUCUGAAAGCUCACGCGAAGACGUGGCAUAUGUACGAUCAAGAAUACCGCGCGACUCAAAAUGGAAUGAUAGGAUUUACAACGCCCGUUCGCGGUUGGGUACAAGGUGAGGGAGUUACCGAAGAAACUAUCGAGCGAGCUUUCCAAUUCGAUUGCGGUUGGAUCAUGAGCCCCAUUUACACCGGAGAUUAUCCCGAAGUUAUGAAAACUAGAAUCGCCGAGCGCAGCGCACUUCAAAAUUAUCCAUUCUCGCGUCUACCCGAAUUUACAGACGAAUGGAAGAAAAUUAUCAAAGGAGCGACAGACUUCUUCGGCCUGAAUCACUACACAUCGAGUAUGCCGACGUUCGACCCCGCAGAAGCACUCGGUACCUUCGCUUCGGAUACUAAUAUUAUUGGAAUAGCCGAUCCCAGUUGGCCUUCAGGCGCUUCCGGCUGGCUUCACAUUGUACCCGAGGGAAUCGGCAACGUGCUGCGUAAAAUUAAAGACACUUACGGUAACCCGCCGGUGUACAUGUUCGAAAAUGGGGUUUCCGACAAGGGUGAAAUCGAAGAUUACGUCCGAAUCAACUAUUAUCACGACUACAUAUCAGAGAUACUUACGGCGAUAGUACGCGACGGAUGCGACGUCAAGGCGUAUACCGCUUGGACACUUCUCGACAAUUACGAAUGGGAAGCUGGCUACACCGAACGCUUCGGCAUUUUGAAAGUCGAUUUCGACAGUCCGAACAGAACCAGGAGUGAGAAAUUGUCAACACAUUGGUGGAGAGAAGUUCUUCGAACGAGAACCUUAAUUGAUGCCAGAGAAUUUACUUCGCACCUCAGACAGCGGAGACGAGAAGGAUCAACGUUCGAGAACUGAAAACAUUCGCAUUCUCUUAUCAAUCCGCUAGGCAAACUGCAGAUUAGCGUCGCGUAUGCCAAUGUUCUUAUUUUUGUGAGAGAAAAAUAGUCGGACUUGGAAAAGCAAUUAUUUAACAAUUCCUCCAUUAAAUAUUACGUAAUUCAAUA